UAGUGACUUUCGCCGCCGCGAAUGGCCUUUCACCAUCGGAGUGGCGUCCUCAGUCCAUCUAUCAAGUGAUGACAGACCGCUUUGCUCGGACUGAUGGCUCUACCACGGCGUCUUGUGAUCUGGGAGACUACUGUGGCGGCACAUGGAAAGGCUUGAUGAAUAAACUCGACUACAUACAGAACAUGGGAUUCACAGCUGUGUGGAUCUCACCAGUAGUCAAGAAUCUCGAUGCUUUAACUGCCGAUGGGUCAAGCUACCACGGCUACUGGGCACACGACAUCUAUGAAGUCAAUACGAACUUCGGCUCUGCCGCGGAUCUCGUUUCACUAUCAGACGCAUUGCAUGAGCGAGGCAUGUACUUGAUGGUUGACAUUGUCCCAAACCACAUGGGCUAUGCAGGUUGCGGUGACUGUGUUGACUAUUCGACAUUCAAUCCGUUCGAUAAAAAGUCAUAUUAUCAUCCAUUCUGCUUGAUUGACUAUAACAACCACACCAGCAUGGAGUUGUGCUGGGAGGGAGACAACACCGUGUCACUGCCUGAUCUACGAACAGAAGACACCACAGUCCAAGACAUGUGGGCGACAUGGAUCAAACAGUUAGUUGCAAACUACACAAUCGACGGUCUCCGCAUCGACAGCACAGCCGAAGUCGACAAAGCCUCUCUCAAAGCCUUCGAAUCAGCAGCAGACAUCUACGCCAUCGGUGAAGUCUUCAACAACAACGCUGACUACGUCUGCGGCUACCAGGGCUCCAUAUCAGGUCUAAUGAACUACCCACUCUACUACAACAUCACCUCCGCCUUCAGCUCCACCUCCGGCGACAUCAAACAAUUGGAAAACGGCAUCAAUACCAUGAAAUCCACCUGCACGGAUACAUCCCUCCUAGGUUCUUUUCUCGAAAACCACGAUAACCCUCGUUUCCCUUCUUUGACUACAGAUAUGGCAUUGGCCAAAAACGCCAUCGCUUUUCAGAUGCUUGCGGAUGGUAUCCCAGUCAUCUAUCAAGGUCAAGAACAGCAUUUUUCCGGAUCCUCUACGCCGAAGAAUAGAGAAGCGCUUUGGACUAGUGGAUACAAUACCGCAGCGACAUUGUACAAACACAUCGCCAAACUAAACGCUAUCCGUAAACUGGCGAUCGAAAAAGACGAGGGCUAUUUGACGUACAAUGCAUACCCAGUUUGGACUGACGAGCACACUAUCGUGAUGAGAAAAGGAGGAAACGAUACACAAGUCAUUGGUAUCUUCAACAAUUUAGGUUCGUCAGGAAAUGCCAAUCUCACUUUACUUGCUACGAGUUCUGGAUUUGAUGCGGAGAUGGAAGUGGUGGAUUUAUUGGCUUGUGAGAAGUUUACGACUGAUGAGAAGGGUGAUUUGGAUGUUAGUGUCAAGGGAGGUGUGCCGGUGGUGUUGUACUCGGUUUUGCAGAUUAAGGGGAGUGGAUUGUGCGAGUCUUGAGUAGUUGGCAUGGAUGGAAUGUAAAUGAUUUCGGU